AUGAUGAAUGAUCAAUUGACAAACAAAAAAUCAAGCAAGUCAAUGACCACAUUGCCAUUGGUUGUUGUUGAUACAAAUAAUUUGAAUAUGGAAAAAACAACAACAACAGCAGCAGCAACAGCAUUGUUUACAUUACCAAGAAAUCGACGAAAUCCAACAUCUGUUGUCGAUGUAUCUGUAAAUGGUAAAGAAAUAGUCGUACAUUCAUUACCAUAUAACAACAAUGUACAACGACAACAACAACAACAACAAUCGAAUCCAUUCUAUAUGAAUCAUUUGAUUGCCGCAAAUCGAAUUGCACAGCCAUUUGUUGCUUCCUGGAAGAAUCGUAUGAAAAGCUUGCAGGAAUCGACUGCAACGAUACUCAUCAAUAAUAAUAAUCAUAAUCAUCAACGAAUUAGCCAAUUUAUGGCUCAAUAUAAAGGAUCAGCUUGGCGUGAAAAACAACUCCAAUAUCAAAUGCCUGAUCAUGAUGAUGAACAAUUAUUUAAUAAUCAAUCAAAUCAUCAUCAUCAAAAACAACAACAACAACAAUAUUCAGCUGAAUUUAAAUUCUUACGACAUAAACGUCGUAAAGCAUCGAUAAGAACUGAACUAUGUCAACUUCAACAACAGCAACAAUCACAACCAUGUUAUAAGUGUAAAACCGAAAUUGACAGCCAAAUACAUUGUGUCAAGGCAAUCAUACCAAGUAACGAAUCUUCAUCGUCAAAUCAACGACGAUCACAUCGAUUAUAUCGAUAUUAUCAUAUUGAUUGUUUUACCUGCUGUGAAUGUAAUCAAGUUUUGGUCGAUUUAAAAGGAUUUGUUCAUCCGGAAAACGAUAAUCAUGGAUCCUCCUCAUCAUAUAAACUUUAUUGUGGCCGUCAUUUUGUUGAACUAUUUAAACCACGUUGUCCACAAUGUCAACGACUUAUAUUCGAUGAUGAAUGUACGGAAGCGGAAGGUAAAGCCUGGCAUAUUGGUCACUUUUGCUGUACUGAAUGUCAACGAUCAUUGGGCGGACAACAAUAUAUUAUGGCGCAUUCAAAUAUUGACCGCCGAAAAUCAUCAUCCUCAUCAACAGGUGAACCGAAAAAACCAUAUUGUCUCACCUGUUUCGAUAUACUAUUCGGUGAUCUUUGUGAAGAAUGUGGUGAAUUAAUUGGUUGUGAAACCGGUGCCAUCGUACACGAUGGUCGAUCAUGGCAUGCUGAUCAUCGAUGUUUUCGCUGUUCAUUGUGUAUGAAAAAUCUACUUGGACAGCCAUUUUUACCUGCUAUGGAUGGUCGUAUCUAUUGUUCCAUUUCAUGUUCACAAGCGAUGCAAGCACACCGUAAAAAACGUCUUAAACAACGACAACAGCAACAGCGUUCGGAACAACAUCAAACUACACCUCCACCAAUUUCUGAUAAUCACAUUGAAAACCAAUCACCUGGGCCAUCUUCAACAUCAUCAUCAUCAUUAAUGCAAUUUCGUCGUAGUCAAAUGGUCGAUUAUGUUGAAUUCAUCAAAAAGAAUAAUCAAUGUUUCACAUCGAAAUAUGAUUGGUCUAAAGAACAGGAAUUUGUUGAUGUUGUCGAACAUUCUAGUGUGAAUGAUGUAUCAUCACAAACAACGACGACAACCGAAAUUAGUGAAGAUCAAAACGAAAAUUUACAACGAUUAACCAACGGUCAUUUUGAUAAUAUUAACCAACAAAUGUUAAAAUCAUCUGGCCAUUUCAUUCCACCUUGGCCAUCGAAUUCAACUAAUAUUCGAUCAUCGAUGAGCAAUGAUCAAUCCAAUUGGCAAACAUCACCACCACCAGAAUAUUGUAAUCUACUCGUCAAUAGUGACAAUUCAUCCAAUUGUUCAUCAUUGAUCAAUAUAACACGGAAACUAUAUACACGGAUCGAUUCAAUUCCAGAAAAUGUAUCACUAGAUUCGAAUUCCAAGAGUUCUCAGGAAACCGACAAUAGUAUUUCUUUACAAUCACCAUCGACAACAAAAAUGAGAGACAAGCACAAGACCAACCCCGACCAACGAAAACGGCUAAUCUGACGGCCGUCAAGUCAAACAAAUCGGUAUCAUUUGAUCCGAAUAUUGAGGAUAAACAAAGUAAUCAAGGAAUCCGAAUGAAAAAAACAAAACGUCAUAUUCACAGUUAUCGAUCAUCAUCAUUAUCAAAGAAUAAUUGUGAUGAUGACCCGUAUGAUUCAUGUUCAUCAUGUUCAACAUGUUCAUUAUCAACAUCAUCCACAACCUCUUCAAGUGAUGACGAUGGCGAU